AAUUCCGUUUAAACGUUAGACCUCGAGUGCUAAAUCUUUUUUUUGUGUUUAACAGUACAAAUAUUAUUUAAAUUGUCUUUAUUAAUGUAAGUUUUGUUAAUUUGUGCGCAAAAUGAAUAAUUUGUCUAUUAGUGAAAAAGCAUUUAAUCUUUUAAAUGGUGUUGUAUGUUUGUAUAAGCCAGCUGGAGUACCUUUAAAGGGUUGUCGUCACUCUUUGUUGUUAAAGCUAUGUCAAGGUAAGUAAAGUAAAAAAUGAAUAUCCUUUGAAUGAAAUAAUCAUCUAUUUAUAUUUACAGAUUUAAAUGCUUCGGGCGUUAGAUCUCCGGAAAAACGUGUUUUCAUUUCUGGAGACACGACAAAACAAUUAAGAAUUAAAGUAAAGCCCAGUUAUGCAGACGAUGUACUAGUUGUGGGUCCUAGGUUUCAGAGCGAAGACUUUAAAUGUAUUUGGACCACUCAUUUAGGAAUGCGUGUGUCGGGUGUCUGUAGUAUGAAUUCUGUUUUAAUUGUAUUUAAUUGUUAUUUAUUAUUAUUGUUAUUAUUAUUAUUAUUAUUUUUUUUUUUUUAUUAGUCAUGGGACUUAAUCAGGGAACUAAAAUGGCAAGAAAUCUUCAAAACAACUAUCCAAUACGAACGUACCAUUUACACGGCCAGCUGGGACUCAUGACUAAGAAUAUGCAUAUUGAUGGUCAAGUAGUUGAAAAAGGACGUUUUGAUUUUAUAAAACGAGAAAACUUUGAUAAACUCAUGUCUACAAUACAGGCAUCGAAUCAAAAGAAGAUGUUUCAGUAACUAAUUUAUUUAUUCUGUACCUAUUUAUAGCUUUUCUUAGUAUUUUUGACUAUAUUUGUUUGUAAUUUAGGCUUGCUCAGGUAGAUACACAAUCUCAAAUGGCAUAUGAUUUAGCUAUUAAAGGCUUGAUCAGACCGGUGUCUAAUAAAGAACCAUUAAUUUAUGGAAUUAAAUGCAUCAGCUUAGAACUACCACAUUUUAUUGUUGGUUAGUAUUACUAUUGUACAAUAACUUAUUUAUAACAUCAGUUAUAAUACAUAUUACACAAUAUUGAAUAAACAAUUUCAGAAGUUAAUAUUAUCAAUGAAUAUGAAAACUAUCUAUUAUCAUUAGUUCAUGAAAUUGGGCUGAAAUUAAGAUGUUCAGCUGCAUGCACUGCCAUACGUUGUAUACGGUAUUCUUCAUUUACCAUUGAUCAAGCACUUUUAAUGAAACAUUGGAAUCUUCAAUUUGUGUUAGACAACAUUAGAGAAUGCAAUUCUGUGUAUGCAAAAAUGCGUAAACUGCCAUCAUUUAUUACUGAAGAAUCUUAUUUUGAAAAUAAAGCAAAUCAGAUGAAUAUAUAAUAGUUUUAGUAAGCUUUGUAGAAUUUAAAGUAUUUCAUACUAUUACUGUUCUACUGUAUUUUACUCUGAAUUAUUUUCAUUUAUAUACUUAAUAUAAUAAAAUGAGUAAUAAUAAUUGUAUUAUAAAUGGAUUUUUGACUGAUUUAUUAUGUUUGUUUUAUACCAAAUAGAAUUUUUAUUUCAAAUAUACUGUUGUUUUUUAGUCAGGUAUAUAUUUUUAUUUUGUAUAGUCAUAUAGAUAAGUUUAGUUAUGCUGUAAUACAAUUCAAGAUGAUCACCUUAUAUGUUUUAUCACAAAUAAACUUAAAAAAAAAAAAAAGUUUUAAUUUUGAAGUAGUGUUCUGUUGUUAUAUAUUAUACAUUUUAA